GGAGAUACUAACGCGACGAAAAAAAAUCCGAAAAUAUCAAAUUAAAAGAAAAAAAGAGGAAAAACCCUAAAUACCUGAACCCCUCCAACUAUCUACCAACGAAAAUACUUUAAACCAAAAAAAUUCAAUUAAAAAAACCCAAAAAGACUUUUGUUUAAUUCUUGGGUUUUUGUCUUUAGUGGUUGCAAGAUUGAGAAAGUUCUUCGAAUUUGUUUAAAGAUUCAAAAUUUUUUGAUAUUGGUUUAUGGUUAGAAAGACAAGUGCUUUACCAGUUGGAGGAGAAGAAAAAGAAGAGUGAGAAACAAAAAGGUCUUUUGAAAGGUAAAUGAUGGGUAGAAAUCUUAGCCCAAUACUACGGCGAGAAUUAGCCAACCUUGACAAAGAUGCUGAUAGUCGAAAAUCAGCAAUGAAAGCACUGAAAUCAUAUGUGAGAGACUUGGAUUCCAAGGCAAUACCUGUCUUUCUUGCUCAAGUUUCUGAGACCAAAGAGACCGGCUCUGUGUCUGGUGAAUACACAAUUUCACUCUACGAGGUUCUUGCUCGUGUCCAUGGUGUGAAGAUUGUUCCUCAGAUUGAUAGCAUCAUGUUGACUAUUAUCAAGACAUUAGCUUCAAGUGCCGGGUCCUUCCCUCUUCAACAGGCAUGUUCAAAGGUGGUACCUGCAAUUGCAAGAUACGGGAUUGAUCCAACCACCCCAGAAGAUAAGAAGAGGUUUAUAAUUCACUCACUUUGUAAGCCUCUUACAGAAUCUCUUUUGGGUUCCCAAGAAAGCUUGAGUUCAGGGGCGGCACUUUGUUUGAAGGCCCUUGUGGAAUCGGAUAACUGGCGGUUUGCUUCUGAUGAGAUGGUGAACAAGGUUUGUCAGAAUGUGGCUGCAGCUUUGGAGGAGAAGUCCACUCAGACCAAUGCACAUAUGGGCCUGGUUAUGGCUUUAGCAAAGCAAAAUGCUCUCAUUGUCGAAGCAUAUGCGAGAUUGUUAAUAAAAUCUGGUUUGAGAAUAUCAAAUGCUGGGCUUGCAGAAGGUAAUUCUCAGAAACGAUUUUCAGCAAUACAAAUGAUUAAUUUCUUGAUGAAGUGGUUGGAUCCUAGGAGCAUGUUCUCGGAGGUGGAGUUGAUUAUGGAAGAGAUGGAGAAGUGUCAAUCUGAUCAGAUGGCUUAUGUUAAGGGGGCUGCUUAUGAAGCUUUGCAAACUGCAAAAAAAAUAGCUCAAGAGGAAGGGUCAAAAUUGGAGAAUAGUUGCGGUUCAGUUACUGGGUCAAACUAUGGUAGAAAAGACAACAGCCGUAGAAGGAACUUAGUCACUAAAGGUGAUAGAUCUCCUGCAACUGCUUCACCUGAAUCACAGACGCUUGAUUCCUUUAUGGAAUCUGAUUCUUUAAUUGAGUCACCAGUUUCAAUGACUCAGAUAUCUCGCAACAUGGAAUAUGAUCAAAGGAGUGUGAAUCGGAAGCUUUGGAGGUAUGAAAAUGGGGGUGUCGAUGUAUCUCUCAAGGAUGGUUUGUUCUCUGCAGUGGCUCGGGGAAGUUCCAUAUGUGAUUCACCCUCAGAUCAUCAUGAACUAACCAAUCAUGGAUCAGAGUACACAGAAGAAUUUGCAGGAUUCUUGCAGAGAAGUCCUAGAAAUGGGCUACCAAGAAGUGCCACUCCCAGUCCUCAGAGGUCACGUUCUCGGAUUAAUGUAGACAAUCUCUUUACAACUCCAAGAAAGCUCAUCCGCUCUCUUCAAGAUCCCAAUGAUUUGAACUCAGAUUACUCUGAGAAACAAGCCAGAAGGUUCAGAAGUCCAUCCUCAGAGAAAUUUGGAUGGAGCCCAAUGGCAAAUCCCAAUGGUUUUCGCCAUGGUAUGAUCUAUGAGGUCAAAGGGAAUGGACAUUUGUAUACUGAUGGUGAUGAAUUCCAAGGUGUCUCUGAAUCUGUGUCAUCAACUGAUGAUAGUCCUGCUGACAUUGAUGUCCAAGCGUCUUGCGAGGCAGUUCCCAAGAUUAAAACUGAAACUCAGGAGUUUCACAAUGAGAAAGCUCGUAGGAAGACAGUUUUUAAAAUGCUUUUUGGCCUCUUUUUCAUUGUACUUGCUGUUCUCACUUCAUUUCUGUGGACUGAAGUUCAGGAUGAAGGCUUCCUUGUAGUUCCAACUUGACUCACUCACUCUGUUGUAUCAAACUCUUUCAAUCCUAGUGAAUUAGGAGUAAGGUUAGUGGGAAGAAUGUUGGAAAUAGGUCAUUACAAUGUCCUUCUGUAACAAUAUUUGUUACUGCUUUUAAUGAACAGUCAUUAGUUCUCUGUUUAA